AACGGCAGCGCGUCGGGAGACGAGCUGAGCAAGCGAGACACGAGACCAUCGGCGGCCACGCUCUUACACGCCAUCAACCGCGAGACACGACUCACACGAGACUCCCCACCCAUCCUCCUCCGUGCGCGCUGGAGGAGGUGGAGGUGGAGGUGGUGGUGUCCGCUGCCCCCCGCAAUAAAUAAGCCUACCUCCAUGUUCCCACCCCCCUCUCUCUCUCUUCUCCGUCUCGCCUCGUCACCUCACCUCGGCAUCACCCAGGUGGGAGGGGGUCCGCCUUGACUUUUCGUGUUCGGGUUUGGGUUUGAGUGCCGCAUCUGCAAGCUUGUGCGAGGGGGGAAUCUCUCUUCCUUGCUGUGGUGGCGGCGGGCGGGAGGGCGGCGUUGAUUUCGUUGGGGUUUGCGUUGCGUGCGGAGGACGGGGUUGUGUUUGUGUGUGUGUUUGUGCUGAUUUGGGCAUUGGUGUUGGUGGUGGAGGAGGAUGGGGAACUGCGUGGCGAGGAGCGGGACGGCGGUGGAUGCGGGUGGUGAUGGAGGGGAGGAUGGGAAGAGGCGGAGGAGGAGGUGGAAGGCGCCGCGGGAAGAUCAGCUCGGGAUGGUGCCCGGCCGGAUCUUCUCCAACGACGGCCGCAGCCGGACGGCGACGGUGUACACGCAGCAAGGGCGCAAGGGGAUCAACCAGGACGCCAUGCUCGUCUGGGAUGGGUUCGGCGGCGAGGACGACGGCGUGCUGUGCGGGGUGUUCGACGGGCACGGGCCGCACGGGCACGUGGUGGCGCGGAGGGUCCGCGACUCGCUGCCGCUGAGGCUCAUGUCCGCGGCGCGCGACAGCGGGGCGGACAUGCCGGCCGCCGCAUGGAGGAAGGCCUUCGCGCGCGCCUACAAGGCCAUGGACAAGGACCUCCGGUCGCACCCUUCCCUCGAUUGCUUCUGCAGCGGAAGCACUGCCGUCACCGUCCUCAAGCUCGGCUCGGAUCUCUACAUGGCCAACAUUGGGGACUCGCGCGCCGUGCUCGGCUCCAGGGAGGCCACCGGCGGCGGCAUGGUCGCCGUGCAGCUCACCGUUGAUCUCAAGCCGGAUGUCCCCAGCGAAGCGGAGAGGAUCAAGAAGUGCAGGGGCAGGGUGUUCGCGCUGCAGGACGAGCCGGAGGUGCCAAGGGUCUGGCUGCCGUUCGACGACGCGCCGGGCCUCGCGAUGGCGCGAGCGUUCGGGGACUUCUGCCUGAAAGAUUACGGGGUCAUCUCGGUGCCGGAAUUCUUCCACUGGUCUCUCACAGAAAAGGACCAGUUCGUCAUUCUUGCAUCGGAUGGGGUAUGGGAUGUCCUCAGCAAUCAAGAGGCUGUUGAUAUAGUGUCCGCGUCCCCAAGCAGAUCAAAGGCUGCAAAAUCCCUUGUUGAGGCAGCCACUCGUGAAUGGAAAACCAAAUAUCCAACAUCCAAAAUCGAUGAUUGCGCGGUUGUUUGCUUAUAUUUGGAUGGAAAAAUGGACCAUGAGCGUGACUCAACUGCCUCAUUGGACAACAUCAGUAUUGAAGAGGGUUCAGUUGCAGAUCCUAAUGAACCUCAGGAGCAGGAGCCCACCUUAACUCGGAAUUUCACAGUUAGGACAGUUGCAGGCAGCACGCAAGAGAAGACCUUAGCAGGGGUGGAUGCGAGGAUUGCUGGUGUAGCGAACGACCAAAAUUGGUCAGGUCUCGAUGGAGUGACACGGGUAAACUCACUUGUUCAGCUUCCUAGGUUUUCUGAAGAGAGGGCAAUUGGCUGAGCUGCCCAUCUUAUAUUUACCCCCGUUAUUUUCACCUAUUGUUCUGAAUUUUAGCGUAGUUGUUCUAGAGAAAGGUAGAUGUGGGACGAUCUUGUGAUUUGGUGCGGUACUUGGCAAGCGUUUCAGCCACUAUGCAUAGAAGUCGAGUUGCACGUUUUAGCCCAACAAAACUGCACAUUGCAUAGGACAGAGGCUCUCUUUUCACCCAUCUUGAGGCAUGUCAACUCCAUACCUCGAAGAUGAAGCACAAAAGAGCAGGCCAUUGCUCCAAAUCUGCAAUUUUGCUGGGUUAAAACUAACAAAAGACGACGCCAAACACAGUGGCUAAACGCACGCCAGGCCCCAGUCACCCCUGGGAUGAUAUUGUCGGGUGACCUGUAAAUUCUCCACCGGCGCUUGCUUUGCUUUUGUAGAGAGGUGAUGUCCAGACCAUUUUCUCCGCUGCAUGCUUAGCUUUUGUUGACACAGGGCGGUGCGCUCUGUCGAUGUCGGAUUGCCAA